AUGAAGAAGCGAAUUGCUGCUGCUGCCUCUGGCCCCACUGAGCCCUCACGAGCAACGCUGCCCGAGGAAGAGGAGGAAAACUUCAUGCUGAGAAGGCGAUACAAAUAUCAUGUGAAGAACUCUCAGGCAGGCAGCUGCCGGCUGGAAAACUUGACGGAGAAGUGGGAAAGUUCACAGCUGGCUGAUAAAAGUCCUCGCCUGGCGCAAGCUGGAGGUAAGGCGGGAAAGGACAGUGGGAAGGCCAAGGCCAAGGCCGUGUCGCGCUCACAGCGAGCCGGGCUGCAGUUCCCUGUAGGCCGCAUCCACAGACACUUGAAGACUCGCACCACCAGCCAUGGGCGAGUGGGCGCCACCGCUGCCGUCUACAGCGCUGCCAUCCUCGAGUACCUCACCGCAGAGGUGCUGGAGCUGGCGGGGAACGCUUCCAAAGAUCUGAAGGUGAAGCGGAUCACUCCUCGCCACUUGCAGCUGGCCAUCCGCGGGGAUGAGGAGCUGGAUUCACUCAUCAAAGCCACCAUCGCUGGUGGGGGUGUAAUUCCCCACAUCCACAAAUCCCUCAUUGGCAAGAAAGGACAACAAAAAACAGCAUAGAGAGAGGGGAAAAAAACCAACAACCAACCAACAAAAAACCAACAGUGGCGUACCUGGGACAAGAAAUCGCGGGAAUACGUGGAUUUUUGGGGUUUUUUUAAGGAAUAGUUUAAAGGAAGCAAAUAGAGGAAUCGACUGUAGUGAGGAGGUGGUUCUGGGCUGUAGGGGAAGCUGUACCCUGGCGGGGGGCGGCGGGGGGCUGGGGGCUCCCCCGCCUUUUAUACAGUGGGAUAAACCAUUUUUUACAAAAA